AUGUAUCGCCUCUGCUUCCUUUUGGUCAUCUGUACAUUGGUGGCAGCAGCUCCAGAAAUGGAUAAGGAGGCUACAGACAAGCUCGUGCAUACGGAUCCACAGUUGGGUGUAUUUUGUAUUGGAAGAGGACUGAACCCUUAUCGAUACGGCCCUUACUCUGGAUACGGACCUUUUGGAUAUAGACGAUACGGAUAUGGACCCUACGGCUACUACGGAUAUGGUCCCUACGGCUAUUAUGGACCAUACGGAUACAGACGAUUUGGAUAUGGACCUUACGGCUACUAUGGAUAA